CUUCUUCUUCAAUUAUUAUGACACUCCCGUGUUCCUAAUCUCCUCUCUCUUCUCUCUCUAUCUCAUUCUUCUCUGCUUACAAGAACUUUAAAGAUUUGAUCUUUUUUAGCUAUAGAUUAUUCAAGAAGUCAAUUUUGAUGAAGAGAGAGCUCAACCACCGUGAAUCAUCCGCCGGAGAAGGUGGGAGUUCACCAAUGACGACGGUGAUUAAGGAAGAAGCUGCCGGAGUUGACGAGCUUUUGGUUGUUUUAGGUUACAAGGUUCGUUCUUCCGACAUGGCUGACGUGGCACACAAGCUUGAACAGUUAGAGAUGGUUCUUGGCGAUGGAAUCUCGAAUCUUUGUGAUGAAACUGUUCAUUACAACCCAUCUGAUCUCUCUGGUUGGGUUGAGAGCAUGCUCUCGGAUCUUGACCCGACCCGGAGUCAGGAGAAACCCGGCUCCGAGUACGAUCUCAGAGCUAUCGCUGGCUCUGCAGUGUACCCACGUGAGGAGCACGUGAGCCGUCGGAGUAAGAGGACGAGAGUUGAACCGGAGAUGUCCACGACGCGCUCUGUGGUGGUUUUGGAUUCUCAAGAAACUGGAGUGCGUUUGGUCCACGCGCUUUUAGCUUGUGCUGAAGCUGUUCAACAGAACAACCUGAAGUUAGCCGACGCGCUCGUGAAGCACGUGGGGUUACUCGCGUCUUCUCAAGCUGGUGCUAUGAGGAAGGUCGCGACUUACUUCGCUGAAGGGCUCGCGAGGAGGAUAUACCGGAUUUACCCUCGUGAUGAUGACGUUGCUUUGUCGGAUACAUUACAGAUUCACUUCUAUGAGUCUUGUCCGUAUCUCAAGUUCGCUCACUUCACGGCGAAUCAAGCGAUACUUGAGGCUUUUGCUAUGGCUGAUAAGGUUCAUGUUAUUGAUUUGGGACUUAACCAUGGUUUACAAUGGCCGGCUUUGAUUCAAGCUCUUGCUCUUCGUCCUAAUGGUCCACCAGAUUUUCGAUUAACCGGUAUCGGUUAUUCGUUAACCGAACUUCAAGAAGUUGGUUGGAAACUUGGUCAGCUUGCCAGUACAAUUGGUGUCAAUUACGAGUUUAAGAGCAUUGCUUUGAAUAAUUUGUCCGAUCUUAAACCGGAAAUGCUAGACAUUAGAUCCGGUUCAGAAUCAGUGGCGGUUAAUUCGGUUUUCGAUCUUCAUCGUCUCUUAGCCCACCCCGGUUCGAUUGAUAAGUUUCUAUCCACGAUACGAUCAAUCCGACCGGAUAUCAUGACUAUAGUCGAGCAAGAAGCGAACCAUAACGGUACGGUUUUCCUCGACCGGUUCACGGAGUCUCUACAUUACUACUCAAGCUUAUUCGACUCGCUCGAAGGCUCGCCAAGCCAAGACCGAGUAAUGUCAGAGUUGUUCUUAGGACGGCAGAUACUAAACCUUGUGGCUUGUGAAGGGGAAGACCGGGUGGAAAGGCACGAGACGCUAAAUCAGUGGAGAAACCGAUUCGGUUCGGGAGGAUUUAAACCGGUUAAUAUCGGUUCGAAUGCGUAUAAGCAAGCAAGCAUGUUGUUGGCACUUCAUGCUGGAGCUGAUGGAUACAGUGUGGAUGAGAAUGAAGGUUGUUUGUUGCUUGGAUGGCAAACUCGACCACUUAUCGCAACAUCUGCGUGGUCAUUGUGAAAUGAUUAAAUAAUGGGAAUGUGGACAUUGUGUUAUGUACUUUAUUGCAUUGCUGAUUAUAAAAGAAACAAUGUCACACGUUGUCCAAAUUUUUUUAUGAAUAUUAAAUUUUUGUUCACGAGAUU